ACGACUGAGCAACUACUGUGCUGUACAUCAAUGGAACGAGGAGGAGAGCCAUUGGAAACACCUUCGAGGCAACAGAAAAGUAAAUGAAUGGUCCAAAAUGGAAAUGUGAAAGGAAAUGGAGGAUGAAUUUGUUUGUGGCUUUUCCAGAUAAACCAGGAUGAGAAGGAAGAAAACAAGGUUGACAGCCUCCUGGUUCAUUGAAAUGACGUGGAAACAACGUUGAUACAACCAGUUUGUGCCCAGUGGGUAUCACAUAUAGUAAGCCCCAGACUGACUGGACGGCUCUCAAGUUGAGAAGGUGGUUGACCAUGGAGAUGUCUGAGGACAUUGUUUAUGCCAAUGAAGACGUUAGAGGAAAACAAAGUGUUUCAGGGGACCAUUUUUAUAAUAGAGGAGACGACAUCUAUGAAGACAUUUAUGAAACUCCAGACACCAUCAAGUUUAAUGACUUCAGAAACAAGACUGAGGAUGUUACCCCAAGGAGCAGACCAGGAGCUAAACUCUCAGAGUCUGAGCAACCAGAGAAGAGACCUUUAAGAGCUGCAGCAAUGUGUCUGGGGCUGCUGAGUGUUCUCCUACUGUCUGGGAUCAUAGGACUGUACCUCUACUAUGACAGAGUAUAUAACAACUUGACUGAAGACAGGGACCAGCUACAGACUAGCUACAACAACUUGACUGAAGACAGGGACCAGUUACAGACUAGCUACAACAACUUGACUGAAGACAGGGACCAGUUACAGACUAGCUACAACAACUUGACUGAAGACAGGGACCAGCUACAGACCAGUUACAACAAUCUGAUUGCAGAGAGAGACCAGUUACAGACCAGUUACAACAAUCUGAUUGAGGAGAGAGACCAGUUACAGACCAGUUACAACAACCUGACUGAGGAGAGAGACCAGUUACCGACCAGUUACAACAAUCUGACUGAGGAGAGAGACCAGUUACAGACCAGUUACAACAACCUGACUGAGGAGAGAGACCAGUUACCGACCAGUUACAACAAUCUGACUGAGGAGAGGGACCAGUUACAAACCAGUUACAACAAUCUGACUGAGGAGAGGGACCAGUUACAAACCAGUUACAACAAUCUGACUGAGGAGAGAGACCAGUUACCGAGGAGAGCUGAGAGAAGCGGCUGUCCUGUUGGGUGGAGGAAGUUUGACUGCAGCUGUUACUUCCUCUCCAUCGUGUCUAAAACCUGGGAGGAGAGCAGACAGGACUGUCUGAAUAGAGGAGGAGACCUGGUGAUCAUCCAAAGCAGAGAGGAACAGGACCACAUAAAAACGUUUAAGGUGAUGUCCUGGAUUGGUCUGACUGAUGAAGCUAGAGAGGGUCUCUGGACGUGGGUGGACAACACACAGCUAACUACAGCAGAGUACUGGCAUCCUGAUGAACCGAAUGGUGGAAGAGAGGAGAACUGUGGAAUGAUUCAGAUGAAUUAUGAUGCCUGGAAUGACACCUCGUGCUCUGCAGCGCUCCCCUGGAUAUGUGAGAAAUAUGCAUAUUGUUAGGUUCUAAAAGAACCUAGUAAAACUCACUACGAUUAGUAAAACUUUAACCAAGUUUAUUCACCCAUUGGGUCAUACAAUUGCUUAAGACAAAAACAUGGUUCCAUCCAUGGUAGUAUAUAUACACCCCAAUUUGGCUGACGUCCUCCUCUCUAAACAUAACUUCCUGCCUAGCAAAAAAUAUGUAAAGUGAUACGAGCAAUAAACUAUUACUUCUCCUUUAACAUGACCUGACCUUCACUAAUCCACAGCUCGCCACCAUUAUCAGUCACUGCAGUCAUGUAAUAUCCUCUACUCAGGACUUCCCAAAUCCCCCUGGCUCCUAUCCAACCUUCAUUGACCCAACCAUAUACCUUCCUCCUACAGAUCCCCCUUAACUUCUGGUGUAGAAACCAGAUUAUGGCACUCCUCAUGUCUCUAGCAUAACUGAUGAUUAACAAUAUUUAAAGUUUAGAAAUCCGAACCCAUCAAUAUGCUUAAGAGACGCAGCUCAUAUAAUCUAUGCAUGCAUACACGGCCUACCUGAGUGAUCUAGUUGAACCGCUCUACUCAGCAACGACACCAUGUUGUUUGGCCUGUAAUGUUGUUUGUCUGUAAACGACAGUCGUCUCUAUGAGCUCAUUCACAACGAUCAUGUCACUCUCUGUAUCAAACCUGCUGUCUCCCUUCCACCACGUCCUGCACAGUGAAGUCAUCAUUACUUAGUCUGAGCUGACCAAGGACUGUACACAGUGUGACACGUUGUUUAUACACUGCAAUUGAGAAAAGUUUGUCGACAUUGUUAAGCCAUAGAGUAGUUUAUUGUUUUAUGUUUUUAUUUUGCGUUGUCAGUUUAUUUUUUGAUUGCUGUUGAGACAACUUUUAUCACAUGUGAUUAUGUAUUUCCUGACCUGUGUCACGUUCUGACCUUUAUUUCCUUUGUUUUGUAUUUAUUUAGUAUGGUCAGGGCGUGAGUUGGGUGGGCAGUCUAUGUUUGUUUUUCUAU